AUGGAUGGAUCCUUUCAAGAGUCAACCCUAACCUUGACAGGGGGGGCGGGGCAAGCUCUCUGCAACUAUCUCAACAAGACGAUGAACGCCGAGUCAGCCGCCAGAGCCAUCACUGCCGGUUGCUUGGACAGAUAUCCAGAAGGAGUUGCGUAUGGGGGUUCGAGGCGGCGUAAUGAACUUUGGGAGCUUCUUGCAUCUACUCUCCUGCGCUUUGAAGACGAUUGCGACAUGAUAGUUGAUCUACUCGUCGCGAUUCAAACGCUGCCAUCAAUGAAUAGUAAUCCCUGGUGGGUGACGGAUCCACAGCCCAGCGACUCGUUGUGUGAACUACCUUCAUUUCACAAUGUCUGGCAAUCCUGCUAUGAAUCACUUCGUUGUCAAUGUCACGAGGGUGAAGAUGAAAGUUUCUCGGUAGACAAGAAUUACUACAGAAGAGCAGGAAAGGCAGAAGCAAGGAUGUAUCUCCGCGGGAUUCCAGGAAUAACGGAGUUUAUGGGAUACAAAACGAUCAACCUUAUUUGUGUACAGAACGAAGACCUCGAGUUCGUCAUCCAUGAGAUUCACGGUUGGUUGCAGACUGCAGGAUCGAAACUGGCAGAAACGCUGGAUUCGAACAAGAUCAAGUUCUUUGAGAGAGAGUCAAGCCGGAAUAUGAAGUUAGAAACACUCUCCGUGGACACAUUGAAAGCAGGCGAACCAAACCGAUCAAACGAUCAAGGUCCCGCAACAUUCGUCAAAACGCUAGGAAUUGAAAGUAUUUGA